AUGGCAGCAAACGGGACUGGUGAAAUCGACAAGGUUCUGGCACACAUCAACUGCCGUGAUUACAAGACCGAGGGCGAACGCUUCUACCAAUACGUGUCGAUGUCCACGAUGAAGAUAGAGUCCGUCACCGUCACCGUCACCGUCGUAGACCCUAAGUCUUUCCCGGCGGCCAACCAGGACAAGCUACGCGCCAUCAACCUUAAGGCUCUUGGGGCGGGGCUUAAUUUGGUUAAGGGCGAGGCACGGCGUCUCGCCGUGAUCCUCAAGGAAAACGUGAAAGCCCCAGAUACUCUGAGCGUGGAGAAGGACGGCCGCGUCUAUGCCGGGGAGCUUCUCAUCAACCACCCUGCGCCCCCUACACUAGACCUGCCCUGGAAGGGCAAGGCUGUCAACACGGUACGCCGGCUUGUUCGAAAAGCGACAAUAGACCUCUUGGGUGAGUAA